AAACCCUACAUGGCCACUUCAACACCGGAUUCAGCUGUUCGUACUGAUUGGAAAUAUACCACUUUGGGGGAUAGUCAGUUGGUUGUCAGUCAAGUUUGUUUAGGAACGAUGACAUUUGGUAAACAAAAUUCCGAACAAGAAGCCCAUCAACUACUGGAUUAUGCUGUAGAUCAAGGAAUCAACUUUAUAGAUACUGCAGAGUUGUAUCCCGUUCCUGUAGAAGCAGAAACACAAGGCAGAACAGAAGUAUUUAUCGGUAAUUGGCUCAAAAAACGAGCUCGAGAUAAACUGGUCGUUGCUUCCAAAAUUUGUGGUGCUGGGAGAGAUAUUCGACACAUAAGAGGAGGUCCUCGUGUCGAUAAAAGGAAUGUGAUGGAAGGAAUAGAAGGAAUAUUGAGACGUCUACAAACAGACUAUAUUGACUUGUUACAGAUUCAUUGGCCUGAUCGUUAUGUACCUCUCUUUGGACAGUGUAGAUAUGAUUGGAAACAAGAAAGACCUUGUGUACCUAUCGAAGAGCAGUUGUAUUAUCUUCAAAUGUUGAUUACUCAAGGCAAGGUACGAUAUAUUGGUCUUAGCAAUGAAACUGCUUGGGGCGUAACAGAAUUUGUUCGUUGUGCUCGGCAACAUGGAUUAGCCAAAGUCAUUUCCAUUCAAAAUAGCUAUAGUUUGUUACAUCGAGAGUUUGAAUGUGCUUUAGCAGAAGUUUGUUCUCCUUCACAUACCAAUGUUCCUUUAUUAGCUUAUUCUCCAUUGGCUGGUGGAGUUUUAACUGGUAAAUAUUGUGGUGGACAGAUACCCAAGGCUAGUCGUUUUUCUCUCUUUCCUCAAUAUAUGAAACGUUUUCAUUCUUCUCUUGCAUUGGAAGCUGUAGAACAAUAUUAUCAGGUUGCUAAAAAGUAUGGGAUGACUCUUACUCAGUUGGCUUUGGGUUGGUGUAAACAUCAGCCAUUUAUAGCAAGUACUAUCAUUGGAGCUACCAAUAGGAAACAAUUGGAAGAAAACAUUCAAGUAUUUUGUAAAGAUUGGAUAACUGAGGUAUGUAUAAGAGGAAAUAGAAGAAGAAAUCAAUCAAAUAUAUAUGCGAUGGAAGGAUCCAUCUUUAUAUCCUUAGAGCUGCUUUUGUAAAUGUGACAUGGGAAGAGCGACAAUUCAAUUAGAGUUGUCGUUUAUAU